AAAUCCUUGGGGAAUUCCAAUUGUUUGGCGCCUGUGUCAAUCACCUCCUUCACGAAGUAGUAACAACAAAUCAAAAUGUGUACUCGCCAAGAACUAGAAAAGUUAAAAGGAUUUCUCACCCAAAACCGGGAUCAAAUCGAGACCAACUUCAGAGAAGUGGAACAAUCCUUGAAGGCUGAAUUGAGGGUUCUCAAAGAUAGGGGCAACUCUGUUAUCCCAGAGGUGGAUUUCAAGGAUUUAUUGGAGGCCAAACAAUUCCACGAAGACAUCAAAAACUCCGUUCACAAACGCGGUGUGAUCAUUGUGAGAAAUUUAUUGGAUCAAUCCACGGCCAAGGAGAUUUUGAGUGAUCUGAAAGAGUACAUGAGAGACAACGGGGAAGAUCCUGAUGACCCCCAAGCCAUCUUUUUCGAAAUAUAUUGGUCCAAAGCGCAGAUCAGAGCACGGCAACAUGCAAAUAUGGUUCAGAUUCAGAAGCUCUUGCUAUCCUUAUGGAACAGAAAUCCAGACAUGGAUGGAACUGUGGAUCUGUCAAAACCAUCAAUGUAUUUGGAUAGAUUUAGAAUGAGGAAACCUGGCGAUGACCGAUUCCACCUUGAUCCCCAUAUUGACAGUGGAAGUAUUACUCGUUGGUUGGAUCCAAUUUAUCGUCAAAGCUAUCAUCACAUUUUAAACGGAGAUUGGAAAGACCAGGAUCCAUUCACCGUGAAUGGUCGAGGUCAAGCAACAAUGGAUCGCCAUUGUUCGUUUUUCCGCACAUUUCAAGGCUGGACCGCACUGACACCCUCGGAACCUGGAACAGGAACCCUUCGGGUCCUACCUGUAUUGAAAGAGGCUAUCUCGUACAUCAUGCUCAGGGCCUUGAUGCCAGACGUUCCCAAGCAUGAGUUUCCAGGAUACUCUGAACCGAAAAUAUUUUAUUUGGAUCCAAAAUACCACGAGGUUCUCUUCAACGAAAUGAUCUCCAUUCCGGCCAUGAAUCCGGGUGACGCCGUCUUUUGGCAUCCAGAUCUAGUCCAUAGCGUGGAAAACGUCCACAAUGGAGCAGAGACAAACACGGUUUUGUACAUCCCUAGUGGACCGGAUUGCCUGACGAAUCGUUUAUAUUUAGAGCGAACUCGAUUCUUGUUCAAGAACGGACUUGGUCCACCCGAUUUCCAAGGGAGUCCUCAGCACGAGUUGCAUUUCAAAAACAGAGGCACUCCGGAGGAUUUGAACGAAGACGGAAAAAUGAUGAUGGGAUGGAUUUGAGAGCUAGAGAGAAGUGAUGUGCAUGCAAGACGUAUUUCGGAUUGGAAUUUUUUAUUAUUAAAUAGUGCUCAGGUACAUACAUGAGCCACGGA